AUUCCCUAAAUAGACUAAAAUCAUAAUUUCACAUCGUAUGUUGGAAAUUUUUCCUCGGAAGCAAAAUUUGAUUACCUUCUUAUCUCUUUAUCAGCACCGGGUUCUAAUUUUACAUUAUUCAAGUUUUUUUUACACAUUUAUUUUAGCUAAGGACAAUCACUGAAUCAUGAGAGGGCCAAGUAAUGAAGAUGUUGCUCACCAUCAAUCAUACUUGAACAUGCCACAACAUUAUCAAAAUUCUCAUUAUUUUGACUCACAAAUGCCAGAACAACAUUCGUCGUCGGAAAAUGCGAAUUUUAAUGGGAAUAACAGGAGUUCAUACAUGAAUGGCUCACAUUCUCAACGGAAUGAAUCUAAUGCAAAUUACCAUCAAACACAUGGACAACAAUCACCAUUAUCGCCCAACAGUUCAAAUCCAUUUGCUGAAUAUGCAUGGAUGGUUAAUCCGGAUGAAUUUGAAAGACAGGUGAUGGAACAAAUGCAGCAGGAAGAAUAUCUGGAAGCAUGUUUUCAGGAAAUGUGGCAAGAAGAAGAAUCUGAAGGUGAUUGGUACAUUCCAUCACGAGUUUCAGACGAUACUCCUCAAAGUAGUAACGACAACAUUGAGGCUUUGGACAAGAUGUCACUAAAUGAACCUCAACCACCGACUAUGCUGAAUCCAAACGCUGCUGAGUUUGUUCCUCGUCAAGCUGUUGCUCCACAAUAAACAUCAUUAUCUUACGAGUGAAGAUGUCAUGAGUUUCUUUCACUACUUUUUUCGACUUUUACUUACUUAACACUGUUUUGUUGACCUUUUUUACUUUUCAUGCGUGCUGCUGCUACCGACAUUGCGAAAAUUUAUUGCAAUUUUUUAUUUUUGAUUUGAUUCCAUGUGAGUGCUUCACCAAGACUUUUUACUCAAUCGCAAUUUUAUCUUCGAGAGAUUAUACUUCAUCAAGCUUGUUUCAUGUAUAAUUGGAUUGAGUAUGAUAAGGUAAAAGACGAUAUAGGUUUGAACUGAAGUUUUCACAACUGUUCCAAAAACAUAUUCUAUUAAAUUUGAAAACUAAGUUUCUUCUGUUUCAAUACAAGAUAUUGCCAUUUAUUAUUGCAAUGAAUUUUUUUUCAAUGACUUGUUUCGCAUGUACUCAAUAACAGUGUGUAAAUUUCAGUGGUUAAUAUUCCAGAAUUCUUUCUCAGGAAAUUUUUGGACAUCAUAGAUCGAAUGUGACAUAAGUUAAAAAAAGCACGAAUUGGAAAUUUCAUCCUUACUAAAACCAAUGCUGCUGUUACUCCUAACAUGACAAAUUUUGCAGCCACUAAUAAUUCUUUGUAUAUUAAGCACAAUGAUGAUAUAACCAAUGUACUUCAAAAUUUUAAGAUGACUCCUUAUUGGUUUGAUAUAGAUAUUCUUCUUUGGACAAUGCUAAAACAGAAUGAAUCCAAUUGUAUUGGUGUUAAAUAACAUUUUUAGACCAACAUUUUUGGAUAUUCAGAAUUUGUUUUGUAGGAAAGUUAUGCCAAAUUUGACAUACUUUGAAUAUCGGUUAUCUAAAUUCACAAAAUAUGCUUUCCCUUGAUGUAGUUAUUAUUGUAUUUCAUUCUUCUGCUUUUUUUUCAAAUACACAAAACAGGUAGUUUUUCAGUGUUUUCAAGCGUUUCUCAUGUUUUCUAAUGUUUUAUUAACCAAACAAAAUUCUGCAGCAUGUUUAGUUUAUCAAAAGGCAACAAAACUCAAAAUCACAAAAAUAUUUUAUUUUUCCUUUUUAAUUUGAAAUUUGUAACAACGUAGUUAUUCUGCAUAUUUGAUAGUAGAAACCUCACAAUAAGUUGCAGGCUGCUAAAUGUUAUCAAUUUCAAAUUGAAUUUUGGUGUGAAAAGAUCUUGCUAUUCUUCUGGUAUCUGGAUUUUUGCUUUCAAUGUAGUAUUGUGUAUAUUUGUGUGUUUCCAUUUCCUCAAUCCUUUUGCUCUUUCAUCUGAAUUUAUAUAUAUGAUCAUACCUGGUCUUAUAUGAUUCACAUUUUGUACUGCUAUCCUAUUAUGUAUAGUGUACAUUUAUUAUGGCACAUAGUGGAUCAGAUAUGAUUUUUUAAUGAAGUUCAGAUAUUGUACAGGCUUUUUUUUUGUUUAUGAUAUGUAGUUUUUGUUUAUAACCACCUUUACCUUGUCUGACACAUUUUUAUGUGUACAUGAUUAUGUUUGCACCCGAAGCUAUCUGUAGGGAUGUAGCAUCAUCAAAAUAUUAGUAAUACAACACAGUGUAUUCAAUUUUUUCUUAUGAUUUUUCUUUGUAUGCCAUAACUGUUGUGUCGACAAUGAUAAAGGUGUAUUUGACAUUUUAUAUUUCUGUUACAUGGUGAGUUCACAUGUAUUUGCCUGGGCAGAUAAUACACAUUAAUUUUCAGUUAGAAAAUUUGGUUAUUUCUCAAGUAAUAGUGGAGCAUUGGCCGUUGACAAUAAAUGACGAUGAUAUUCAUAGGCCAUCUUCAGACAAAAUAUUUUGACAAGAAAUAUUAUAUUUCCUGCCUUUGAUUAAAACAUGCUACCUGUAUCUCUUAACUAUGUGUGUAUGCCAUACAUUUGUUUCUUAAUCUGAUAUAAACUUAAGUGAGUGUUCACCAUGGUAUUUUAAAUGAAAGGGAAGCAAGCCUAUUUUAUUUUUAGCAUUGAAAAGAAAGUGUUUUGUGCUACAUUAUGAUAUGGCUGAUUUUUUUCUCAUUGAAAUGCCGUUGAAAGUAUUUUUUGUUUGUUUCAUUUCUGAGUAUUGAUUGCUUUCUUUGCUGUUCCUUUUUUGUGCCGCCGUAUCAAUUCCAACAAAAUAAAUGCACUUUUUAUGCAAAAA